AUGACAAACACUGACGGCGAGAGCGCAGAAGAGGAGACAGAAGACAGCGUCAUGUCCCCCAUUGCGGUGGGGCCCACGUCCCCUCAGCUCUGCAAUGACGACUUCACUCCUAAAGAGGGCUCACCCUACGAGGUGCCCGUCUACAUUCCCGACGAUAUUCCCAUCCCUGCCGACCUGGAGCUCCGCGAGUCGUCCGUUCCAGGGGCUGGCCUAGGAAUCUGGGCCAAAGUCAAAAUUCACAUGGGAGAACGCUUCGGACCAUACAACGGACUGCAGAGCGUCACGGUGAAAGAGACCACUUAUGGAUGGGAGCAAAUGCUGAAUGAUCAUGAAACGUCGUCUCAAGACAGCUGUAUUAAAAAGGUAAUGGACAACAUGGGUAAUGUGAAGUUCUGUCUGGACGGGGCUCUGGAGGUUGGCGGGAGCUGGCUCAAAUACGUGCGCACUGCCCCUUCCCAUGAAGAGCACAACCUGGCCAUAUGCCACAUCAGCGAAGAUCAGCUGGAGAUCUCCUGA